AACUCGGAGUCUGAUUGGGCAGAGGAUAAUUCUCGCUCGCUGAUUGGCCAGAGGACGGCGGAGCGGUCUUUCCCCUUCCGGCGGGCGCUGACCUUGCUGGUGGCGGAGCGGCGGGGGGCAGCCAUGGUGGCGUACUGGCGGCAGGCCGGCCUCAGCUACAUCCGCUACUCGCAGAUCUGCGCCCAGGCCGUCCGAGCGGCCAUGAAGCCGCAGUACAAGGCCGAGGCGGAGAGGGCGGCGAUGGCCACCGUGAAGACCGUGAAGCCCAAGAAGGAGUGAGAGGAACUGAUCUGUGGUGAAUACUGUAACAGCAAACUGCAAGCUGUAGGGAAGCUCAAGACUGCAGUAAAAUGUCAUCAUGUUAACUGUAAAACUUGCCUGGGUGUAAAUCAGCACGCUAAUAAAUGUCACUUGUGGUUAAACACA